AUGACAGAUAAAUCUAAUCAAAAUAACUUAAAAUCAAAUGUUGCUAAAGAGUAUUUAAAGUCAUUAAAAGUGUGGCAGACUAAUGUAGAUGCAGUCGAUCAAAAGAUCAUAGAGUCAAAGAGGAUCAAAGCAGCUUCUACUCCAAUAACCAAUACAUCGUCAUCAAAGAUAUUCGAUGCCAGUGCAGAGUCAUUGAGAUACAAAGAUCUAGGUAAUGACCAAUUCAAAGUGGGUCACUACAAAGAGGCUGUAGAAUACUAUACACUCGCCAUUCAGCUAGAUAAUUCAAAUGCCAUCUUAUUUGCAAAUAGAGCAAUGUCUUAUUUAAAAUUAAAAAAUUAUUCACAAGUUGUUGCAGAUUGUAACAUCAGUAUAAAUCUAGAUAGAACUUAUAUUAAAGCAUAUCAUAGAAGAGGUCAGGCUUAUAAGGAGUUAAAGAAAUACAAAGAGGCACUCGAUGAUUUCAAUACAGUGUUAAAACAAGAUCCAAAGAGUAAUGAGGCUGCCAAUGAGGUCGUUGUAAUCAAGAAGCUAUUACAGCAACAAACCGUUGCGGAAUCUAUUGUCUCCAAUGAAAAGAAGUCGAAUGUUGCAACAACACCUUCUGCUUCUGCCACCUCUACAUCUCCUUCAAUCGAAACAUUACCAGUUAAAACAACACAACCAACAACACCCACAGUAACACAACCAACAACAGAACCACCAGUAAAGACAAGAGCAAGAGUUGUAGAGAUCGAAGAUGAUGAUGAUCAUGAAAUGAUUGUAGAUACGACAAAACCUAAAGCAACAACAAAUACAACAGUAACAACAGAAACAACAAAACCAACAACGACAAUAACACCAAUUGCAGCAGAAACAACUAAACCAACAACGACAAACGCAACAACACCAAAGUCAUCAUCAAAUUCACUUCAAGAAAGAUUGGCAAGAUUGGCCAAUAUGAAACCAACAUUACCAAAGACAGCACCGAGAAACUCAUUUGAGUUUGAAAAGUUCUAUAAUUCAAUCCAAAACGAUUCUAAUUUAUUCUAUAAUUAUUUCAAGUUAAUCGAACCAGAGAAACUACCGAAUAUUCUUAAUGAUAUUUUAUCACCCUCAUUGUUUAGCAGUAUAAUAGUUAUAUUGGAGAAUAAUUAUUUAGUAAACAAAGAAUAUGACCUAAUAUACAGAAUAUUGGAAUCGUUGACCAAGAUGAAUAGAUUAAGUAUAAAUCUUCAAUCAUUGUCAUUUAUGGAAAAAGAAUCAAUCAAUAUAUUAUUAAAAUCAUUAAAUGAUACAAUUGGAAAGGAUAAAGUGGAUCAACUUAAAUCUAAAUUUAUUUUCUGA